AUGGGCGGAGUAACGUCCUCGAUUGCUGCUAAGUUCGCGUUCUUCCCGCCGCAACCACCGUCGUACACAGUCGUCGUUUCUGAAACAUCCACCGGAAAUGAUUCUCCGGCGACGAAGCUCUCGAUUCCGGAGGUUCCGAUGAAGGAGAACGUGGAUAUAGUGAAGCUUAAGACACGGAGAGGAAACGAAAUCGCGGCGGUGUAUGUUAAGUACCAUAGACCUGCAUGCACCAUGCUUUACUCUCAUGGAAAUGCCGCGGAUUUAGGUCAAAUGUUUGAACUCUUUGUUGAAUUGAGUAAUCGACUUCGCCUUAAUGUUAUGGGGUAUGAUUACUCUGGUUAUGGACAGUCGACAGGGAAGCCAUCUGAAUAUAAUACAUACGCAGAUAUUGAAGCUGCCUAUAAAUGCCUGAAGGAGCAAUAUGGGGUGAAAGAUGAACAAUUGAUAUUGUACGGUCAAUCUGUUGGUAGUGGUCCCACACUUGAUCUUGCUUCAAGGAUAUCAGAAUUGAGAGGCGUUGUGUUGCAUAGUCCAAUUUUGUCAGGGUUGAGAGUACUAUACCCUGUAAAACGAACAUAUUGGUUUGAUAUUUACAAGAAUAUUGAUAAAGUCGGUAUGGUCAAAUGUCCUGUUUUGGUUAUCCAUGGUACAGCAGAUGAAGUCGUUGACGUGUCCCAUGGAAAACAGCUGUGGGAGCUUUGCAAGGCACUUGGAAAACCUAAAGCAACUACUGCAAAUGGUUCUGAAAAGGAUACUGUAGAAACUGAGAAUCAAGGCAACAAAGCUAGCAAAGAAUCAGAAACUGGAACUUCUAGUACUUCUGAAUUGAGUACAGAAAUUCCUGAAGCUUCUAGAAACAGUUUAGAUAGCCGGCUUAAAAAGUCUAAAAAACCUGACAAACCAGAAAAAUCUCGAAUGAGCACUGAUCAUGUUGAUAGAUUUAGAAGAAAGGGGUUAGUUUGGUAG